AUGGCGACGUCUGGAGCUUUGUCGGACCCCGGUUUGAGACAAAAGCCCGGACUCUGGACCCUGGCCUCGGUCCAGUCCCAGAGACCGAGACCCAGAUCUGCUCUGGACUUUGGGCCCAAACAAGUGAGAGUCAUCGAGACGGACCGGAUCAACAUCAUCGCUGAGAAGAGGAAGUGGCAGAUGGAGGUGGAGAACAAGAGACACCAGCUGGAGGACGACCGACGAUCUCUGCAACAUCUCAAGUCCAAAGCCCUGAGGGAGCGAUGGCUGCUGGACGGAGCGCCUUCUGGUGGAGCUGAGCACGAGGAGGUGAAGAAACAGCUGGAGCAGGACGAGCAAAGGAGCAGGGAGCUGGAGGAGCACAUCCGGAGCCUGGAGACGGAGCUGCUGGUCCUGGAGUCUGAUGGAGGCCCCAAUGUGACCCCGGCUCCUGUGGUGAAGACGGAGCUGGUCUCAGACCUGGACUUGUUCCCAGUCAAACCUGAGCCCCACAGACCGGUCCUGGUGUCCACCGCUUCAGAAGCGAAAGCAGCGGGUAAAUCUGUAGAUCUGCCUCUGGAGAUGAGGAGAGCCGCAUACUCGCUGGAGAUCCGUGUGGAGCGCGACAAAGCGACCGGAGAGACGCGCGUCCUGUCGGCGAACCCUAUGCUCCCUGUGGACCCGGCGCUUGGGGUCAAAGUCUACGAGGACGAGCGCAAAGUGGUCCACGAGAUGAACGGGGAGGACGGCGGACACAUUCUGAGCUCCUUCGAAGUGGAAGAACUCAUCCACAAAGCUGACGAAGCCUCUGUGAUGUCCAAAACCAUCACCACGAUCACCACGAGUACCAUUACUACUGCUGCGACUGCCACGACGGAGGAGGCCAAGGAGGAGGCCAAGGAGGAGGUCAAGGAGGUGGCUGUGGAAGAGGCUGGAGAAAAGCCAACAUCAGAGCCUAAAGCCCGCGAAGCAAGCAGCGUUCCCAGUGUGGAGAUCACCGGACUGGAAGCCAAACCGGACAAGGAUCCCAGCGUUUCCGAGGCAACAGAGGAAAACCCAGUCACGAUGGUGUUUAUGGGCUACCAGAACGUAGAAGACGAAGCCGAAACCAAGAGAGUUCUGGGCCUCAAAGGGACCGUCAAAGCCGAGCUGGUCGUGAUCGAGGAAGAGGGCAAAACAUCGCCGGUGACGGAGGAAAAAGCGAAGGAAAAGUCCCCGCAAAAAGCCGUCACACCGUCAGAAGCCCGGCCCAAAGCUCCAGCCGCGGAGAAGCAUCCGACACCUGAGGAGAGGCGUGCGUCGCCGAUGGACAAGGAGAACGGCGAAGCGAAGGCGAGCUCCGAGGAGGUGAGAGGAGGAGACGCAGAGGAGAAGAGCAAGCAGCCGUGUAAGUGCUGCAUCAUCAUGUGA